CGAAAUGUUGACAUCAACAAUGGUCAAUCAAAACAAGUUUGUGAUUAAUUAAUCUAUGCUAUGUUCUCAACAAAUGAAGGCUAAGAUCGUAUCAAAGGCUUUACCGACGGUGGAGGAGGAUGUAGGACCCGGAGCAAAAGUCAGACGGAGUGUAGGAAAACCAGAGUUGAAAACUUUUGAUCCAUUCCUGUUGUUUGAUGAAUUCACAGACAAGUUAUCGGACGGAAUGCCAGAUCAUCCACACAGAGGAUUUGAGGCGGUCACCUAUGUUCUGAAAGGAGGUAUUGAAUAUGAGGAUUCCUGUGGUCACAAAGGGCUACUUCAACCUGGGGACUUACAGUGGUUGACAGCUGGUCGAGGAAUUGUCCACUGUGAGAUGCCUUACAGGGAGGAGGAGGUACAUGGACUACAGCUCUGGGUCAAUUUAGCUAAGAAAGAAAAGAUGGGGGAGCCAGCCCUUCAGGAGCUGCUGGACAAGGACAUCCCAAGGACAUUCAAAGAUGGGAUCAAGGUCAAGGUCCUGGCUGGGGAAGCAUUUGGAAUAAAAUCUAAGGUAUACACUCGCACCCCUACGAUGUAUCUGGACUUUAAGCUGGAUCCUAGAUCUAAACUGGAACAACCAAUUCCUGCUGGCUGGAGGUCUUUCUUGUACAUCCUGUCUGGCAAGGCAAAGUUUGGUCCAGCAGGAAGUCAGGAGGAGCAUGAGGCUCAUCACCUGGUGACCUUCGAGGACGAGGGAGGGGACAGUAUACGUGUAGAGAACUCUGGAGCAACGGAAUGUCAUUUAGUUAUGGUUGCUGGAGAACCAAUCAAAGAACCUGUUUAUCAGCAGGGACCUUUUGUUAUGAACUCGCAAGAAGAAACCCAGCAGGCUUAUCUUGACUUCCAGUCAGGAGGGAGUGGAUUUGAGAAGGCCUCAAAAUGGCAGUCUGAUUAUAUGAGGAAUCUCAAAUCAAAUGUUAGCUGACCAAUGAUCUCACUUAGGAGGUGUGUUAAGAUAUGUUGCUCAGUGAACAGGAAGGAAUAAAAUGCUCAUUGAUACAAAUGACAACCAUGACAAUUUAAUACCUGACUCAUAUGUAUACUAAUUGUAUUAUCAAUUAGA